AAAAAUUAAAUGCGAAAAGUCCAAGCAAAACUCAAACUACAGGAAUUAAGAAAAUACUACAAGUUUGAGAAAGUUAAAGCAAUCUUGUCGUGACUCAACUUAUUUUGUUGGCCGCAAUGAAGCUUGUGUGCGAAAUGGUUUUGUUUUUCUACCAAUUCGCAAAUAUGUGGAUGAAAUUGUGAAAAUUGUUUGGCCAUAAUUUUCCGCAAAUUGCGAUUGAAGGGGUCGAUGGCAAAUCAGUGAGAGCCAAAUUUGAAUCGCAGCUAGCUCCCCUUGUUGGCGACUCAGCGAAUUAAUGUCCUCGGGCGAGUGAAAUGUGUUGUUAACGGAACCCAGCCAAAAGGGUCCUCGGGGCUCCAUUACAAAUAGAUUCAGCCAAGCAAACAACAGCAAAGGCUACUUAAGUGAUAAAUAAUCAUAAAUACAAGUGUAUAAAUAUUCAUUUGUUUGUGUCUGUGCUCGAUAGAAAACAGAUUUCGAACAAUUCUGAGAAAGUUCCCUAAGCCAAAUGACGAAACUCGAAAUUGUGCAAAAUCUUAAUAGUGAUACUACGGCCUGGCCAAAAAUAAAUGCAAAGCCAAAUUGUCAUGAAAUUGGACAAGAGAAACGAGCUUAGCUGUGACUUUGAUUGAAUACGUCCAGGCCUCGACUGCCUCGAGAUAUUAGCUUACAUUGACGGGCAAAUCACAGCUCACAUUGGAUUACAUAAAUAAACUAAGCAAUGAUUUAGACUGCAAUGAGAGUCACAGCCAACGCAACGUCUAUAAUUGACCCAAGGAGUAUUGAAAUAAAUAUAAGCCGAGUGAAGGAAAAUAACAAAGGGACACUGGUCUAUUUAUGCAAUAUUUACUUAACAAUUUGAAGGCGGCCAGGCAGAAGGAGGAAUCUAGCAGCUCUGGCACAUUCAGUCAAUUGAACUGGUGCCUUUAGUCGGGUCUAUUACCAUAGGCUCUGAUGCAGCUGUUGGCUAAAAGCGUGAAUCGAAGCGGAAAGAAGUCUAUUUAAGCAUCGGACAGAGCAAGGGCCCCACAGCCCCAAAACGUCGCGGCUCCACUCUAAUUGCAGAUGAGCGGCGACGGCUGUUGUCGGCUGUCGAAUUGCGCAAACGAAUUGUGCGUGGGACUUGCAAAGAGCAUCUAACUUAAUAGGGAAAUCCUUUGUCUAACUAAGGGCGUCGCAUUCCUAACUGCUCCUAGCCACGCCCCAAACGGCGAGGUCGGCGAGAUGGCGAUAGAGAUAGAAAUGGAGAUGGAGACGGAGAUCGAUACGGAGACGGAGAUGAAGAUGGAGCCACGACCCAGUCAGACCCGUACUCGGUCUCGCUGCGGAUGCCUGCGCCUAGGACUCGCACUACUGUCCUUGAUAUUGACGCAGUCCUUUGACUAUGUUCUGUGCGGCGAGAAAUUGGCUCUUUUAUCGGCCACACUGCGCACAUAUCAGAAGGCGGCCUGUGAUACGGAUCAGGUGGUAAUUGCGUGCCCGCGCGGCACCAGCAUUUCAAUUGAAUUUGCCCAGUACAACAAGUUCGUGGCGAAAGAUGGCUACAGCAUUGAGGAGCUGUGCCCCGUCACCGGCACCGUGAAGCCCGAAAUACGUGGCAAGGCCAAGCACUUGCUGCGUGGCUCCAUCUUCGGAUCCACCACACAAAAGGUGCCCGCGAAUCGCUACGUAAGCAACGGCUACGCCAUUGCCAUGGAAGCUCCAAGUAGCACUAGCGGACCGAAUGGACCGAUUACCGAGUCAUCGGCGGACGAUGCUCAAAAGAGCGAAAGCUCUUCCGAGAACUGCAUGUGGCCAAAUGCUCUUCAGUAUUCGCUGCUGCAGACGGUUGUGGAAGCCUGCCAGAAGAAGAAGCACUGCAAGUUCCACGGCUCCCCGCAGUUCUACGGACUGGGCGCCAGCGGAGUGGGCGACUCGUCCGGCACCAGCAGCUAUCACAGCAGCACGGCCAGCUCGAAUGCAAUCAGCAGCGACCCCUGCCCCAAGCGCCGGAAAAUCGUCGAGAUCGCCUACAAAUGUCGCCCAUAUGAAUUCCGCAGCAAGGUUGCCUGCCACAACGAUGUCGCACAAUUGGAAUGCAACCCGUACUCGCGCAUCGCCGUCUACAGCGCCAGCUUUGGACGUACUGAGUACGAGAGCAUUCAGUGUCCACAGCCGCAAGGGGUCCGUGAGGAGACAUGCCUCGCCUCAUUCGCCACGGAGACUGUGAUGCAAAUUUGCCAUGGCCGAAGGCGGUGCAAUCUGGCCGCGGAUGCGAAUACCUUUGGGACUCCGUGCCAGCCAAACUCGCGAAUGUAUCUGAAGGUUGUUUACACAUGCGUGCCGAAGCAAGUGUUAAAGGAGAGCAACGAGUCUGAGGUGGAGGCUGACGAAACGGAGGACUUCGAGGGCGACAUCAACGACCUGUACGACGAUGAGCUCAUCUACAAGGAGUCAGAGGCUAUACCCAAACUAUACAGCAAUACCACCAAAACAUCACGAGGCAACGCAACUGGCGGCGCGGGACGCGCUGCCAACUCCAAUCCAGAGGGCAUUCACACCGCAACCAACGGCUCGCUGGACGCUGAUGCGGAUGGAAGUGGCGUCAAUCCGGUGAUGACACACAGUGCCGACUUAAGUCUAGAGGAUGACCAGCAGCGACUCUAUUUGUAUCUGUUAAUUGUCGGGCUGGUCGGUGUGCUCUGCUCCAUUGUGAUUGUGGUAGCGCGCCUGUUGCUGCAAAAGCGACGCAUGGCCAGUGACACCCACUCGAACUCCUCCACCAAGGGGGGCACGAGCGGCGGCCUGGGCGAUGAAACGACCAUUCCAAGCGGCUUUAACGACACUAUUUCCGAGAUAGACGCCGACAUUGACCUUACCACUUCGAUACCAUUGCCCAGCGUGUCAAAGAACGAGAACUACAUCACUUACGCGCCGGCCAGCAGCUUGUAUGCCAGUCUAGCGCCCAGCCAGUUGUCCUCCGUUGGCGGACCCUGCGCGGCCCCCGCUUUGAUACCCAAUCCCCUGUUAAUAGGCGCACGCCAGUCACCCGAUCUCAUAGGCAUUGCGCCCAGCACAUAUGUGGCUACCAGCAGUGCGGGCAGCGCAUCUGCAGCACAGGGCCCCAUGACAGGCAUCCUGGCACCGGCCAUUGUAAUUGGCGCGAAUGGCCCUGGCGGCGCUUUGCCUGGUAGCAGUGGCAUUAACACCAUGGUGCCCCUAACGUCACUGGCCCAGUAUACAACGGCGCCCACCAUUCGCGGCGGGUACCUCAUAAAUACGGAGGGCAUGGGUGUUGUUCAGCGACCGGCCAACACGCCGACGCCACCGUCCUCCUUGGCUAGCGGCUCCCCGGCUCAUCCACAGACACAACAGACGCCGACCACCUCGCCUCUGGCGAUGGCAACAUUAAGUCAUCUGCCAGCCGCUGGCACGUCAACGUUGCGUCGCACAAAGCCCGCCGCAGCGGCUAUGUUACAUCCGCAGCUAUCAUAUGACGGCACAGCUCCACGUACACUUUCAACUGGCUUACCGGUGAGCUCACAAUUCUAUUACGGAUGACCAACCACUGCGGACUGCGAGCCUCACGUAUAUACCACGGCCAUCAACGUGACCUCCCCGAACGUCCAGAGUUCUACCAAGCAGAGUGGGUCAGGUGCUCAAGCAGAGUCUCUGGCGACCUCCGAUCCAGACGCAGCUCAUGUGCCGGCAUCCGGACCCUAGCCACAAGCCGACAAUGGGGCAAAAGUACCCUUGGACGCUGCUAGCAUAAACGACAAUACAAAUCUACAGGGGAACGACCUAAGCUCAGAGCCCUCCUCCCAGAGUCGGAAACAACAACAACAACAGGUGUGUACGGAGUAGAUGGCUCUUGGAGUCGCCGCAACAAAUGUUGGCAUCUGUUUUUAAAAUAUAUAUGUAUACAUAAAUGUACUUAAAUGGACGAGCUUCCUGUAACUGUAACUGUAACUGUAAAUUACUAAUGAGUGGAGCGGACAAAUACGCAUACUUGCACAGUCCUAGGUCAGUACACAGUAGGCGCCAUCAAAUAGAAAAUUUAGGCUACCGCAAUUUGUAGGUUAAACAUUUGUCUGCACAGAGCUCUCCAGUGUGUGAGUGGCUGACUGCCUGAGUGAAUGAUAUAUGAUAUAACUACAUACGUGAUUCUAUAUUCAUGUGUAAAUACUUUGUGUACAACUUGAUUUCACUUCCUUAAUUGCUUUUUUCACAACACUUUAAUUAUGCAAUCGUUGUCAUGGCAACCAAAACUAAUUACUCGUUAGUUAGUUGGAGCUCAUAUGAGCAGUCAAGAAACAUAUGCAUUUGUAAUGGUAUUGGCAUUAGCAUUGGCAUUGGCAUCGAAAUUCGCAUUGGCAUCGGCAUCGGCAUCGCCAUCGCCAACAUCAUUAAAUUAUGCGGUUCAACCAUACAAAUGAAAACAAAUUGCGUGAAGCUCAUUUAAUGUUAUCAAUAAUGUAAACGCACGCAUAAAUAAAAGCGCACAAAUGCCAUGAAUACACAGACACAGCGCCAACAAGCCCAAGCACAGCAAAUAUUACAGCACACAUACAUCAAGGAUGCGAAAGGAACAGCAAAACUCCCAAAGUCCUCCUGCAAAGGCUCAACUAAUGGGUUGUCUGUGCUCAGCGCUGGGAGAGGAAGCGAGCUCCAAAUAUGUUCAUACUUCUAUUCAUGUGUAUCUGCGUGCAUGUGUGUGUAUGGGUGUGUGUACUCACACACACCCUCAUAAAUUUCACGAUAUUCCCAUUUCCGUACCAAAAGGAAUCUUCAUAAUUGUCCGCACCUAUGAGAAUGCGACAGCGGGAUGUGUGUUGAACAAGCCAAAAGCAGAGCGAGAGAGAAAGAGAGAGAGAUAUAUAUAUUUUGUACUGUGUGUGUGUUUGUGCUUGCUUAUGAGUGUGUGUGCAUGGAUGUAUGUGCUUUGUUUAGAACGACGAGCCUCAUAAACGCUUUAUUGGGCGGCUUAUCACAGCGAAUAGGUUUGUAGCAAGAGGCGGCAUCAUAACUCAGUCACGCCGUACAACUUGUCGUAUGAGCGAUUUCGGCUGUGUUGUCUGCAUAAUUCAGUGCUGUGUAUUUCGGAUUAAUGCCCUACAAAUGGAUGAGCGUAAUUAAUAUCCGGCUAGGAAUAGCUUUACCUAUGGGGCAUGGGAAACUUCUGGCCAGCGGGCUAAUGAAUUACUCCUGCGUGCCAAGGUCCUUACCUUGGAGGAGGAUGGUCUGACAGCAGUGCCUAACUAGCAAAAUGUGUAUAUAUAUUUAGUUGUGUGCGAGUGUGUUUGAAUGCCUCUGAGUGUGUCUGAAAGUGAAGGGAAAUGGAAAUGCUACUG